AUUUACUGUCAAUUAUGUCCAAUGAUCAGCUGAUUUGUAUCAUAAAAAAGGAUCGGUUUUAUUGAGGAGACAUUGAUUAUUAUUACGUUAUCGUAAUUUUUAAUUAAGCUAAUGAAGCUUGGGAUAAGGAUAGAUGGUCGAUAUCUAGCCAUUUAUAUACGCGCGGCUUAUCAGUCAUAAGUGACUGUCAUGAAUCGUGGACGUGCGAAGGAGAUCUAAAGCAAUUAAGAUGCAUAAGUGGUAUUGGUUUGGUGUGAAUCUGGAUAACUUCCUGUUCCCAGGAUACAACAUCACUACGAUAUGGGGUUUAGUGGCAACUUGCUUGGGUCUGGCUGCACUUGCAGUAUUCUACGAGGCUAUGAAGAUCUUUCAGAUCCAUUUGCAACAGAUCAGAAUAAAAUCUGUAUCUAGAACAGCCUCAACUUCCUCUGAAAGUUCCUCUCUUUUAUCCAAAGUAACACCAAAGAAUUUUAGAUCUUAUACAAGAUGUGCAACCUGCUCUAAAUGGACAGUGCAAAUACUGCACUGGUUUCUUCACACUACACUCGGAUAUAUAUUGAUGAUGGUAGUUAUGACAUACAAUGCUUAUUUCACAAUUGCUCUUAUAAUUGGGGGAGCCUUAGGAUACUGGAUAUUUGGUCCUACACUUAUACAAUUAAAUAUGCAACGGUUUUAUCGCAAACAAGCACUUGUGAAAUGUGAUAGGGAUUGUAAAGAAAUUUUUAUAAAUCAACAGAGACGCGAAUCUGCAGUCUCUAUUGUUGCAGAACAAUUAGUUACUGAAGCAAAUAUCGAAGUCCAUGUAUCGAGAGACACGUGAGUUUUGAUAUUAAACUUCGUAACGGAAAGUCUGAUAUUAUUUAAAAUAGUUAUUGUUAUUCAUUAUAUAUUACAAAUUUUUAUAUAUAUAUAUAU